AUUAGAUCUUCUCAAACUCACUAAAUAAAGUUCAAGACAAUCUGCAGAAACAAUCUUAACAUGACUUUAAGGAUGCCAUGUCUAGUAAUAAUCAUUUCUAGAAAUGAAGAACUCCACUAUAUGAAACUAAAUCACACACUUUGAUCUCUGUGUUGCUUCUGUUCUCAAUGUACAGUACAUAAUUUCAUCUCUGACAGCUGAGAGACUCGUUGAAACACGUGGAUACUAAAUGUGACAAUGGCUUCAUCCUCCAGUCCAGUUCCUACAGUGCAGUCAGCCAACACAGUUCAGUCUCAGAGUCCUGUUAUUUCUCCUGUGCUCAGUGGAAGCACAUUUAAUGCCCCAGUUUACAUCAACACUGACUUAAAGCAUAAUGUAACAGCUGAGACUGAAGGCUCCACUGAGGAUCCUGCAUCAUCUGGAGGCACAACUACAAAGAAGGGCAAAUCUGAUCAUGUUGACUACAGUGAAGUCAGCAUCAAACUGAAGAACACAUUAAAACAAGAAUAUGAGCAGAUACUGGAUGGUAAUUUACAGACCAGCCAUCAGAAAUACCUGAAUGAUAUUUACACUGAUCUCUAUGUGGUGAAGAAUGAGACUGGAGGGGUAGUGAAUGAGCAUGAGGUGAGACAGAUCGAAUCAAAUCUCAACCGACCUGCUGCUGAAGACAUCCAGAUCCAAUGUAGUGACAUUUUUAAAGUCCAGCAUGAUACGGUUCGACGAAACAGAAAAGUUCUGACAAUGGGGAUCGCAGGGGUAGGAAAAACUGUCUCGGUCAACAAAUUCAUCCUUGAUUGGGCUGAAGGAAAAGAAAAUCAGGAUAUAGUGUUUAUUUUUCCUCUCCCGUUCCGUCAGCUCAAUUUUAGUGAAAACCAGUGCAGUCUCAUGGAACUGCUUCACAAUUAUUUUAAUCCUGUUAAACAACUGCAGUCUCUUCCUGAAGGUGAUGGUGAGGUCAUGUUCAUCUUUGAUGGUCUGGAUGAAUGUCGCUUCCCUUUAUGUUUUGACAAUAAUGAGAAAUGUACAGAUGUACAUGAAAAAACAUCAGUGAGUCAGAUAGUCAAAAACCUGAUAAGCAGAAAUCUGCUUCCCUCUGCUCUUGUCUGGAUCACCUCAAGACCAGCAGCUGUUAGUCAGAUACCCCGAGAACAUAUAAACCAGGUGACAGAGGUUCGAGGAUUCAACGAUAAGCAGAAGGAGACAUACUUCAACAAAAACAGCAGUCCUGAUGUAUCAGAGAAAAUCAUUUCUCACAUUAAGAAAUCAAGGAGUCUCAACAUCAUGUGCCACAUCCCGGUCUUCUGCUGGAUCUCUGUCAUUGUACUUGAGCCUCUGCUGAAUCGAGGGAGUCAUGACAAGAUUCCCACAACUCUCACAGGAAUGUACAUAAGCUUAUUACUUUCUCAGAUGCAACAGAUGAAAAGAAAGUAUGUUGAAGGUUCAGAACCUUUUGAUCAGGUUGUUCUGAAGCUUGGGAAACUGGCCUUUAGACAGCUGGAAAAAGGCAAUCUGAUUUUCUACAAAGAUGAUCUUAAGGAAUGUGGGCUGGAUGUCAGUAAGGUGUCUGUAUACUCUGGGUUAUGCACUCAGAUCUUUCAGAGAGAAAAGACUUUCCAUGAGAGAGCAGUCUACAGCUUUGUACAUCUCAGUGUCCAGGAAUUCCUUGCUGCACUUUUUGUGUUUUUAAUUUUUUUACAUGAAAAAACAAAUCCAUUUCUUCAAACUAUGAGAGAAAAACUAAAUUGGAAAUUCCAAAAGUCACUGUUUCACCUUCAUAAGGCUGCAGUUAAUAAGGCCUUACAAAGCAAGAAUGGACACCUGGACCUUUUCCUCCGAUUCCUCUUGGGUCUCUCACUGGAAUCCAAUCAAGAUGACCUGAAGGGACUACUGCCUAGCCUGGAAGAUAAAACUGAGAGAAAGAAAGACAUUGCUGUCUACAUCAAAAAUAAAAUAGAAGAGGCAGAAUCAGCAGAGAAGACGUUGAAUCUCUUCCACUGUCUGAGUGAACUGAAAGAUGACUCUCUGGUGGAGGAGAUCCAGAAGUAUCUGAGCUCAGGAGAUCUCUCUGGACAGACUCUUUCUUCUGCUCAGUGGUCGGCUCUGGUGUUUGUGCUGUUGAUGUCUGAUGAGACUCAAGAGAUUUUUGAGCUGCAGAAAUAUCGAAGAUCUGAUGAAGCACUAAUGAGGUUACAGCCAGUGAUCAAGAACACCAGAAGAGCACUAUUGACAGGCUGUAAUCUCACUCAUGGGUGCUGUGAAAGUUUGUCUUCAGUUCUACAAUCAUCAAACUCCCUGAGAGAGCUGGACCUGAGUAACAAUGACCUGCAGGAUUCAGGAGUGAAGCUGCUCUCUGAUGCACUGAAGAGUCCUCACUGUACACUAGAGAUACUGAGAUUGGCAGGUUGUGGAUUCACUGGUCAGUGCUGUGAAAGUUUGUCUUCAGUUCUACGAUCAUCAUACUCCCUGAGAGAGCUGGACCUGAGUAACAAUGACCUGCAGGAUUCAGGAGUGAAGCUGCUCUCUGAUGCACUGAAGAGUCCUCACUGUACACUGGAGAUACUGAGAUUAUCUGGCUGUAUGGUGACAGAGGAAGGCUGUUGUUCUGUGGCUUCAGCUCUGAGUUCAAACCCCUCACACCUGAGAGAGCUGGAUCUGAGCUACAAUCACCCAGGAGAUUCAGGAGUCAAGCUGUUCUCUGAGAGACUCAACGAUCCAAAAUGCACACUGGACAAACUCAAUGUGGAUCAUGGAGGAGAGCUCAGGAUUACAGCAGGACUACACAAAUAUGUCUGUGAUCUCACACUGAAUUCAAACACAGCACACACUGGUCUCAUUCUGUCUGAGGGGAACAGGAAGGUGACAGGUGUGAGAGAGCGUCAGUCAUAUCCUGAUCAUCCAGAGAGAUUUGAUGAGUAUCGUCAGGUUCUGUGUAGAGAGAGUCUGACUGGACGCUGUUACUGGGAGACUCAAUGGAGUGGAGAUUAUGCUGUUAUAUCAGUGUCAUAUAAAGGAAUCAGCAGGAAAGGAGGGAGUCAUGACUGUGUGUUUGGACUCAAUGUAAACUCUUGGUGUCUGUGGUGCUCUAAUGACAGAUUCACUGUCUGGCACAAUAAUAACUUCACUCACAUACAUUCCCCUUCACACAACUGUAAGAGAGUAGGAGUGUAUGUGGACUGUCCAGCCGGCACUCUGUCCUUCUACAGCGUCUCUGACACACACACACUCACACACUUACACACAUUCAACACCACAUUCACUCAACCCCUCUAUGCUGGAUUUAGAGUUUAUCCUGAUUCCUCAGUGUGUCUGUGUGAAAUUGAACAUCAGAGACACACACACACACACAAAUCAACACAACUCCAAACUCUUUCUUGAAAUAAUUUCAUGAAUUAAAUUAACUGAAUUCAAUACAAUGACAGUACUUUGUGACUCACUGUAAUGUGAUUUAAGUUAUUCACUAUCAAAUUCAAUAAUGAUUAAAAAAAAUAAAUAAACAGUGUUGAAAUCCAAUAUGAUGUCAUGUCAGUAACAUGAAACUUCAUUUGUUCUUGCACAUCUCAUGAUCAAACAACAUGAUGUCAUGUGUUGUUUCUAGUCUUUGUACAAUGUGACUAAUAGUUCAGGUCACAUUUUAUCUUCUUUUAUUUUCAUUUAUUCUGUUUAGUCUUGAUUAAUAGUUACCCAGAUAGCAAACCGACAUAGAAUCAACAUAGAAACGAUGUGACAUUGAUCUCUGAUGUUGAUUCAGCAUAUUUUUGCUCAUCAAAAUCAUGUUGAAUCUACGUUGUUCACGCCACUGAAAACAAACAUAAAAUCCAUCUAAUUGGUUUGUUUACCUGACGUUGAAACAACAUUGAUUUCAGUUGAGUGAAUAAAUAAUCAGCCUAUAUAUGUACUCUUUAUUAAACACACCGCACAUUCAGAUACUCAUUGUUUUAUUUAUAUAAAAUAUACAUUUACAAAUACAGAAUUCUUUGGACUUUUUCUACAGUAUAUAAAUCUUAAUACUUAACAGCCAAUUAUAAAAGAAAUGCCUUCACACUGUUGCAUUCACAAAUGGAUGUAUAAUAACAAAUUACAGGUGAAUUUAAAGUGUCAAUUUGACAGAUUUUAAGAGUUCACUCAUUGAUAAAAGUAAAAUGCGGUCAUCAUGCACACCCUCAUGUUGUUCUGAACACAAAAAGAGAAAUAAGGCAGAACAUUAGGAACUGACAUUCUCAGUCAUUAUUUUCUUUCAUUGCAUCUUUCCUUUCUAUUUAAGUAAGUGACUGACUGAAAUUCAGUAUUGCAAUAUCUUCUUUUGUGUUUCACAAAAUAAUAACAUACAGGUUUGAAACAUACGUAAGAGGACAGAGAGGGAGGAAUUUUUCCCCCACCUGAAAUAUUUUGCAUUCCUUUGCAAUAGUUUUGCAUAUCAUUGUAAUUACUCAGGACAAUGAAAAGGAUGGUGAUGAAAUUAGAAUUUUGGGGUUCCUCUUGUUUUACUCCCAUAAUUAAACUAUUGUUAGUGCUGAUAAAAAAUAAAUAAAAUAAAUAAAAAUUAA